AUGGUGGCGAUGGUUGUGGCGGUGGUGGUCAUUCUAAUGAUGUUGGUAUCGGUGGUGAUCAUGCUGGCGAUGCCGACACACACGAUGACCAUGCGGGUGAUCAUGCUGGCGAUGCCGACACACACGAUGACCAUGCGGGUGAUCAUGCUGGCGAUGCCGACACACACGAUGACCAUGCGGGUGAUCAUGCUGGCGAUGCCGACACACACGAUGACCAUGCGGGUGAUCAUGCUGGCGAUGCCGACACACACGAUGACCAUGCGGGUGAUCAUGCUGGCGAUGCCGACACACACGAUGACCAUGCGGGUGAUCAUGCUGGCGAUGCCGACACACACGAUGACCAUGCGGGUGAUCAUGCUGGCGAUGCCGACACACACGAUGGUCAUGCGGGUGCUGAUCGUUGCUGACAUUGCCGAUGGCUACUUACCACAGGCCGAGCUCGAGGCUAACCACGAACGUUUCCUGAUCAACCACCCCGAGCUGCGCAAUCUCAUGGCUGCCUUUAUGGUCCACGUCCUGGAGAAAAAGCCACACGACAUCUACGCCGAGGCCGCAAAGUACUUUGGCACUCUUGCUCCCGAGCGUCCGACCUAA